AUCGUCCCUUGUAUGUCGUGAUACCUACAUUAUCAUUUUAUCUAUACACACACUAUCAUAUCAUAUCAAUAUGCGAAUACUACUAUUAUCUCUACUUCUAUCGCUAUUCACCACCCUCACCCACUCCCUCCCCCACUACGGCGUCACUCUCCCCCCACCACCCACCGACCCAGCCAAACCACCCACAUCCCCCUACUACCCAUGGAAAUCCCGACUAGCCAGCAGCGCCGACCACGUCGACAAAACCACCCUGUAUAGCAUUGCGCGCGCAGCGCACAACCAAGGGCAGACACACUUCGCCGACUACCUCAAACACUAUCUGGGGAACACGGGGCGGGAUGCGCACGUCUCCGUGGACGAGAUGUUAUCAGCGAUGCCGCAAUUCCGCGCCGAAGUGCACGAGUUGGCGAAAUUCAAAGCCAAGCUUGCCUACGAGGCAGUGAUGAUGACCCGACCGGACGAGGCGCCCGUCGUGCCGUUUACGAGUUUCUGGCACGAGUAUGUGGCCACGCCGGAUCAGAGCUGGGAUUGGUUCUUGUCUGUGGGGAGGUUCGUGUAUAGUGUGACGGGGGUGGUGAGAAUGGAUGAGGAGACCGGGGGAGUGACGGUGCAUUAUGCGGUGCAUGUAUUUACUUAUUGUGAUUGGGAUGGGGGGAGAGAUGUGCGCAUUGGUCAGUUUCGGUUCGAUGAGGGCAGACUGGCUGGAUUGCAGGUGACGGGGUUGGCGAGGGAGUUUAAGAUUCGCGGGUCGAGUCAGAGUAGAUUGAUCGAGGGGUAUACUCCUGUGCAGGGAUUCUAGAAUGUGUCACUGUGUGUGUGUGUGUAUACGCUGGUUGUAUAGACG